AUGGUUUUAGGAAUUGUUGGGUUCGGAAUUGGACUGGCAGCUCAGGGAACCACUGCCAUUGCUGAGAUACAAUUUGUGGAUUACAUAUUUCCUGCGUUUGAUCAGAUUGUCAACGAAGCAGCAAAGCUAAGAUAUAGAUCAGGAGGUGACUUCAACUGUGGGAAACUCACAAUAAGAGCCCCAUACUCUGCAGUUGGCCAUGGCGGCCACUAUCAUUCGCAGAGCCCUGAAGCAUACUUUUCGCAUUGUCCCGGGAUCAAAAUCGUAACCCCACGAAGCCCAAGCCAGGCAAAGGGACUAUUAAGGGCGUCCAUUUUAGACCCUAACCCGGUGAUAUUUUUCGAGCCAAAGAUUUUAUACAGAACAUCAGUUGAAGAAAUCCCCAUUGAUGACUAUACACUGCCACUUGGCAAGGCUGAAGUUGUGGAUGAAGGAAACGAUGUAACUCUUGUUGGUUGGGGGGCGCAAAUAAACGUCCUCAAAGCGGCAUCUUCGAUGGCCAAGACAGAGCUAGGAGUUUCUUGCGAGCUUAUCGAUUUGAGAACAAUAUCUCCAUGGGAUUUUGAAACUGUGGAAAAGACCGGAAGGCUUGUGAUUUCUCAUGAGGCCCCUGUUACUUCUGGAUUUGGGGCUGAAAUUGCAGCCACGAUACAAGAAGCGUGUCUUCUUAGCCUGUGUGCGCCCAUAAGAAGGGUUUGUGGCUGGGACACCCACUUUCCACUUAUCUUUGAAAAACUAUACUUGCCAAAUGCAUAUAGAUGCUAUGAUGCCAUUAAAAGAGCCAUCAGCUAUUAA